AUGGCAGCUUUCAAUCUCACCCCCUCUGACCCUUCAACAUUCAUCCUAAUGGGCACCCCUGGCAUGGAAGCUGCCCACUUCUGGAUUUCCAUCCCUUUCUCUAUGGUCUACAUUAUCGGCCUGUUGGGAAAUGUCAUGGUUCUGUUUGUCAUAGGGAAAGAAGAAACCCUGCAGAAGCUGAUGUACCUGCUGCUCUGCAUGCUGGCACUCACAGACAUCCCCAUGUCGACCUCCGUCGUGCCAAAGGCACUGUGUAUAUUUUGGUUCAAUUUGAAAGGCAUUACUGUGGGUGGCUGCCUCACCCAGUUGUUCCUCCUGCAUGCGAGUGCUAUGACACAUUCAGCCGUGCUCGUGACAAUGGCCUUUGAUCGCUAUGUUGCCAUAUGUAACCCUCUGCGGUACGCCACCAUCCUCACCAAUUCACGAAUAGCUAAGCUAGGGCUCGUGGGUUUGACAAGAGCUGUUCUCUUAAUUCUGCCGGUUCCCCUUCUCCUGAGCAGGCAGCCAUUCUGUGCCAACUGCUUUAUCCCCCACACAUACUGUGAGCACAUGGCUGUGUCAAAAAUGUCAUGCGGGGACACCACACUCAACAGGACGUAUGGCUUGGUGAUAAUAUUUGUAGUCACUGGUUUAGACCUGACACUCAUUGCCCUCUCCUACGGUCAGAUUACCAGGGCCAUCCUCCAAAUCUCCUCUAAGAAAGCCCACCAGAAAGCCCUUGACACCUGCACAGCCCACAUCUCUGUGAUGCUGACUUCUUGUAUUCCCUUCCUCUUCACGACUAUAACUCACUGGUUCGGUCACGUCAUUGCUCCCCAUCUUCACAUCAUCUUGGCUAACCUCUAUUUCCUCCUUCCCCCCAUGCUCAACCCUAUCAUUUAUGGGGUCAAAACCAAAGAGUUCCGUGACAAAGUGGGCAAAUGCCCCUGCAGAAUAUGA